UCUGUGACUGAGCAGCCGAUGAACUUUGUCCUGCAGGACAGACAGAAACUCUCUGGACGGCUCUUCAGGCUGCAGCAGGACGAGCAGCUUCUUCGACUUCUCUGUUCACGUUUCAGAAGGAAGUGCAGUGAAAACUCAUCAUGGCGGAGAGGAGAGCAGCGGCGACGCCGGCGGCAGAGCCGGACUUCCUGCAGUUUAAUGAUCUGGCCUGUGAGACGGUCGGUGGGAGGGUUAUUUUUGCAACAGACGAGUGGUUUGCUCCCGCUGCCAACCUGCUGAAGAGAGAGCCGCCACAGUUCAUCGCUUCCGCCUUCACGGAGUUUGGAAAGUGGAUGGACGGAUGGGAGACGAGGAGGAAGAGAAUAGCUGGUCAUGACUGGUGCAUCGUCCAGCUCGGAGUACCAGGCCUGAUCUACGGCUUCGAUGUCGACACGUCCUUCUUCACAGGGAACCACUCUCCGUACGUCUCCAUCCAGGCCGGCUGUCUGGCAGACAAACCCCCCGCCCUCACCCAGGCAGGAGACCGGACCGGCAUGGCCGCCUCUGACGGUCAGCUGGCUGCUGUCGCCAAGCUGUGUUCGGAGGCGUGGCCAGAGCUGGUGGGCGUGUCGGAGCUGAAGCCUGGAUACUCAGACUGCUGCCACAACUACUUCAAGGUCAACUUCAACCACAGAGUCACACACCUGCGCCUCAACAUGUACCCAGAUGGAGGGAUAUCCAGACUGCGAGUGUAUGGCGUGGGGCAGAGGGACUGGUCGUCUGUCUCCACCCACCAGGACGUGGACCUGGUGGCUCUGACCAAUGGGGGAGUCUGCCUCGGCUACAGCGACGCCCACUUUGGGCAUCCACGCAACAUGAUUGGCCUCGGUCGAGCUGCCAACAUGGCUGACGGAUGGGAAACGGCUCGCAGGCUGGACAGACCCAAAGAGCUGAAGGUGGACCAUCGGGGGAUCCUGCAGGUGCCUGGCUGGGAGUGGGUGGUGUUCCGUCUCGGUCAUCCCGGGGUAAUUAACAGCAUCGAGGUCGACACCAACUACUUCAAAGGUAACUUUCCGGACUCCUGUAGGAUCGAGGCGUGUACUCUGAGCCCUGAGGAAGAGGUUCGGUGCAUCGGGACCGGGUGGAGGUCUGGGAAAUGGCAGGUCCUUCUCCCCCCUCAGAAACUUCGUCCUCAUCACAGGCAUCUCUACAGCGGGGCGGAGCUGACGCUGACCCGGCCCGUCAGUCACGUUCGGCUCAUCAUCGCCCCGGAUGGAGGGGUCAGCCGGCUGCGGCUCUGGGGUCGGCCCGGGCCCAUUGCUGCAGCUCCGACCAAUCGGCAGGCGCCAGCGUCCAAACUCUGAGGCCGUAAACACGGAGCUCGUCCUGCAUCGCCAAAGUCCAGCGUCAGAGCGAAACGCUGCAGUGCACAAAUAAAACAGUCACAUGACAAACGUCUGAUGAUGAUUUCUACUUAAAACACCCAAACGAUGAUGAUGUGACGGUUCAGCCUCAGAUAGUCCUCCUGAUGUUUGGUUUGCUGCAAUGAAACAAUGCAGAA